UCUUUCCGGGGAGCCGAGAAGCAGCUCGUCGAGGUCCCAGCCAUGGAAGGCGACAACAUGGAAAUGCCUGUUUGACUCGGGGAGAUUUCCAAGAUGCCAGGCCUUUUGUCCAGUCCUGUGUGUCUGACAGUCAUCUGGGUUUUGUCUUUCUCUCUGUGUCCUGCUAGUGCUCAGAUUUGGACCAAUGAAGUGUCAGGCGUGCAGUAUGGACGUUUGGAGUCGAACGUGACACUGGCAUGUGGGACGUCACCAGUGAGGACUCCAGUCGAGUGGCGUCUCAACCUCAGCUCCCCGCUGCCACGGCACCGCGUCGCGUCAGACGGAGCCUUGGUCCUGCUGCACGUCGACCAAUCAGCACAGGGCAACUACAGCUGCUAUGACAACCGGGGUCUUCUCCUCCACUCCAUCAAACUCAGGCUGGGCUAUCCCCCGGGGCUGCUGAGCGUUUCCUGCCGAGUGCCCAAUCACACGCAUGUCCGCUGCUCAUGGCAGGAGUCGGUGAAGACCUUCCUGCCGGCCGAGUACCUCGCCACCUACAAGGGGUCCAGCCACGAGUGGAGGCCCUGCGUGGUCGACGCCGCCCUGCACCACUGUGACAUCACCCAGCCCGCCUUCUGGCAGACCACCCACUUCCUCCGAAUCACCGAGAGCAACCCGCUGGGGACGAUCCACACAACUUACCAGAUGCGGCUACAUGAGCUAUUGAAGCCAGACCCUCCAGAGUCGGUGAUGGUGCUGGGGGAGGACGGAUUUCCCACCAGGCUGAAUGUCUCGUGGAGCUACCCGUCUUCCUGGCCGACGCACACGGCGUUCCCGCUGGUGUUCCAGAUCAGAUACCGGCCGCUGGGCUCCAUGCACUGGUCUCAGGUCAAGUCCAAUGAGAGUCCGUUCGUCAUAUUCGACGCUCUGGCCGGCCACCACCACCAGGUCCAGGUGCGAGCCCAGGACGAGGUGAACUCAGACAGCCAGUGGAGCGAGUGGAGCCCCCAGUUUGUGGCCCGGCCCUGGGCAGCCUACACCACCCCUGAGCCUACAGUGGAGUUCCCGUCAGAGGUUUUGUUUCCAGAGUACACAUUUCCAGACAACACAAAGCCUGAAACCUCCACUGCCAAGUCACACAUCCCCACAGGCGAGGACGAAGGAAAUCUGGGUUUGGUGAUCGUUCUGGUUCUGUUCUUCGUCAUCUUCACCACCGUCCUCUCCCUCAUCCUGAUCAUGUGGGCGAGGCAGAGGAGGCGCGAUCACGUCACCAAACAGGAGCUCACCUCCAUGGUCAAGAUGAAGUCGCUGCCAAUCUAAUGCUGGGUUCGAGCAUCAUCUCCUCGUCGGCCCGUUCUAGGGCUCCACCCCACGGUCAGCCCCCCCUCCCCCUCCCCCUCCCUCCCCUCCAGCCCGUUUCAUGCGCUGACCGUCCUGAUUGAACUACAAUGCCCAUAAUGCAUCAGUCAGACUCCAUCCACAUAAGGAACUGUGCAGAGUGCGGUCCAGGUAUCUGUUGUAAACUCUGAUGCGGGGUAAGUUUCGCAGGUUUUUUUUUUUUUUUUUUCGCCCGCCCCGGACCUUCAGCGAGGCCGGAGCCGCACUCUGCAAAAAAAAAACACAUUUCAAACCCUGCACUCGCAGAUUUGACUCACAAUCCCACAAUCCAUGCUGCUUCAUGUGGACUGACCCCGCCCCCCUGACGUUUUCGGAGAGGGGCGACACUUUUUCAACUCUGAACUUUUAACCGUGGACAGGAAGUGCCGUUGCCAAACAGGAGAACAGACGCUUAUGUGUUUUUUUGUUUGUUUUGUUUGGGGUUUUUGUUUUGUUUUUUACAUGGGAAAGGAAAGUUGGGAGUUUAGGAAAGUUUCUACAAUUUCUAGGACACUUAUCUAUUUCCUGACUGACCCUCCCAAAAAAAAAAAAAAACUUUUCUGUCCACUU